AUGCAUUUCAAAACUAACUAACUGAACUAAAUAAACUAAUCAAACUUAUAAACAACUCAAUCGAACCUUACCCUUAAGAAAUCAACUCCUACGAAUAAUCCUCAACAAAGACCCACUAGAAAUUCAGGGUAAUCCUCAGACUUUACGCUUUAAAAUACUCUCCGUCUCCAUCGAACAUUAUCAAAAAAGGGUACGAUAACCAUCUAAACUGUUCCAGAAUCAGGUACUUAGAAUAGAAAUAGUAUGACUGUCAUUUCACCUAUGAAGAAUUUGCUUAAAACGCCAACCAUGACAAGGAAAUAGUCAGGUUAACAAAUUAUACAAUCUAGAAAUAUUAUCAAUCUUUAGACAAAUCCUUCAUUAUAGGAAAUACCUGACUCUGUUAGACAAUGCGAUAUCAAGUUUUUAGGGGAAAUCAAACAACAAAGUCAGAGUAAUAAAUCGAAAUCUCAAAAUUCAUACAUAUUUUAUAGAGUUUUAAUUAGAAUUAUAAUUUCACAAGCUUUAAUUGGGUGUUUAUUUUAAUUAAAUAUACAUUUUUCAAUUUCUGGACUCAUUGACUUAAUUAUACUCUAGAUAUUUAGAUUCUUUUAGUCAAAUAGAAAAUGGAUUUAAAUCAUAUAGCUGAUCCUAUCUCUAGCCUUAAAUAUCUCUAUUCUAUUACUAUUUGAAAUUGACUUCAUUUGGACAAUGACCUUCAUCGUACUCAUAGCUGUUGAUGUGAUCUUGGAAUUUGCGAUACUCAAGAUGUAAAGAACGUCCAACUUUGAUACAUUACCCACAUAAGUAUGA